AUGGCCUCUCAAACUGUGAUCACAGUCCAACCCCAGUUUUCAGCUGUCCAACAGCCAGGGGAGUGGCAAACAGGGCUGCUGGACUGCUGCUCCGAUUGCGGUGUUUGUCUUUGUGGGAUGUUCUGCUUCUUCUGCCUGAACUGCCAGGUGGCUGGGGACAUGGAUGAGUGCUGCCUGUGUGGCUCUAGUGUGGCCAUGAGGACCCUCUACCGCACCAGAUACAACAUCCCAGGCUCCAUCCUGCAAGACUUUUGCUCCAUCUGGUGUUGCACCCCAUGUGCACUCUGCCAGCUGAAGAGAGACAUCAACCGGAGGAGGGCAAUGGGCAUAUUCUGGUAA